AUGUCUUAUCAUCAAUCAUCAACAGCUGCGAAUACAGCAAUGGCUAUCCACAACUUAACAAAUGCUACAAACACUCCGAUGCAAAGCUCAAGCAACAUAAGAAUACUGAACGGCAACACAGCAAACAAUACCACCGCAAAUACUAACAUGACAUCAUCUCCAUCAAACUAUUCAUCAACUUCCCGUGAUGAUUCCACGAUAGUUGGUCUCCAUUACAAAAUCGGUAAGAAAAUAGGAGAAGGUUCAUUCGGUGUAGUAUUCGAAGGUACCAACAUGUUAAACGGUUUAUCAGUGGCUAUCAAAUUCGAACCAAGGAAAACCGAAGCUCCACAAUUGAAAGAUGAAUAUCGAACUUACAAAAUUCUUUCUGGUACUCCAGGAAUACCACAAGCUUAUUAUUUCGGUCAAGAAGGGCUACAUAACAUUCUUGUCAUGGAUCUUUUCGGCCCAUCUUUGGAAGAUCUUUUCGAUUGGUGUAAUAGAAGAUUCUCAGUAAAGACUGUGGUACAAAUUGCAGUGCAAAUGAUAACUCUAAUUGAAGAUUUACAUGCCCAUGAUUUGAUCUAUAGAGAUAUUAAACCAGAUAAUUUCUUAAUUGGGAGACCGGGACAACCAGAUGCUAAUAAAGUUCAUUUGAUUGAUUUCGGAAUGGCUAAACAAUAUAGAGAUCCAAAGACUAAACAACAUAUACCUUAUCGUGAGAAGAAAUCAUUGAGUGGUACAGCAAGAUAUAUGUCUAUUAAUACUCAUUUGGGGAGAGAACAAUCAAGGAGAGAUGAUAUGGAAGCAAUGGGUCAUGUGUUUUUCUAUUUCCUUAGAGGUCAAUUACCAUGGCAAGGUUUAAAAGCUCCAAAUAAUAAACAAAAAUAUGAAAAAAUUGGUGAGAAGAAGAGAACAACUAAUGUUUAUGAUUUGGCUCAAGGAUUACCUAUCCAAUUUGGUCGUUAUUUAGAGAUUGUUAGAAAUUUAGCAUUUGAUGAAACUCCUGAUUAUGAAGGAUAUCGUAUGUUAUUACUAUCUGCAUUAGAUGAUUUAGGUGAAGCUGCAGACGGUGAAUAUGAUUGGAUGAAAUUGAAUGGUGGUCGCGGUUGGGAUUUAUCAAUUAAUAAAAAACCAAACCUUCAUGGUUAUGGUCAUCCAAAUCCACCAAAUGAAAAAUCAAGAAGACAUAGAAAUAAACUGUUACAACAACCACAAUUACAACCUCAUCACAUUCACCAACAAUCUCCACAACCAAGUCAACUACAAUCGGCCAAUGCAAAUGUAAACCAACAACAAGAACAACAAUUAGAUCCAACAUCGUACGAGGCUUACCAACAACAAACACAACAAAAGUAUGCGCAACAACAAGCACAACAAUUAAAGAAAUCACAAGCACAACAACAAGCUCAACAACAGCAACAAUUCCAAACUCGUCCAUCACAACAUCGACAACAGCAACAACAUCAAAUACAACAACAACAAAAUAAUAUUAACGGGAGAUAUCAACAACAAGAUGGAGAUAAUGUUAAUCACAAAUAUCAAUCUCAAGAACAACCAACGGCAAAUAAAAAUGCAAAUGCCAACCAACAACCAAUUGGUAAAGAUACAAGUUCACAACAUUCUGUCAAAGGUUUCUUUAGUAAACUAGGGUGUUGUUAA